CGCUGAAAAUCGUAUAAAUGAUUGGCCUUUUGUUUACUUCGAAAUGCCAGGAAAAUAAUUGCUCACCCGUCGCGAACUGGCUGAUAAUCUGAUAUGUGAGUGGAGCUUUCCGUGCGUUGGAAAUGCUCGUUUUCUUGCUCUUUUCGACGGUCAUCGUCGAAACGGCACAGAUCACGAAGGACAAGGAAGUCGGGUUCAAUCAAACAAGUACCUUUAACCCCCUCACGGCGCUGGUGAGAUGUUCUUUUCUGCCGCUGGAGUUUAUGGAUUGCGACGAUCCGGUAAAUCUGAAAGGAAAUCGCACAGCACGGGAGGAAUUAGGAUUCGGUUGCGUCAAGUUCGGAGGUGUCUAUUACGAUGAGGUGGAAAUGACGAAGGUGAAAUGUAUGGUUUUCGAGGACAUUAGCUGUUUCGGCCCCCGGGAGUUCAUGCGCGACGGUUUCCCGUGCGUGAAAUACACCGACCACUAUUUCGUCACCACGCUAUUGUAUAGCAUACUGCUAGGUUUCCUCGGGAUGGACCGCUUCUGUCUCGGCCAGACGGGGACUGCCGUGGGGAAGCUGCUCACGCUCGGUGGCGUAGGUGUUUGGUGGAUCGUCGAUAUCGUGUUGCUAAUUACCAACAAUCUACUUCCGGAGGAUGGCAGCAACUGGAAUACGAAAGUUUAAC